CACAGCCUCAUAAAUUCAUAAUCCCGUUCUUCGCUACUUAUUCAUAGAACGAAGAAAUCUCCCAGAAUGGCGCGCAGGGAGACUUUGAUCGCACGUUCGAUCGUUUAUUCGCUGUUGACGGCGAACCGCGACGGGGAACCCAAGCGCCAUCCCUCCCUCUUGGCGCGCAUCUUCGGCCUCUUCAACCUCUACUGGCUAACAUUCCAGCUCGUUCGGGAGGAUCUCUUCAGCGCACUUCGAGACUUUUGGGCAAUCAGAGACGAAGAUUACAAGGCGAGCUUCGACUCGGAGUCCAAGUAUGACAGGAACAAGAAGAUUGACUCGCUGCACGCAAUGGGCGACAUGGGGUACAGUGGCUCGACCUUCUACCGCACCAGUGACAGCGCCUAUGUAGUCAAGUCGGUCCCGCGUCGUUUCGAGCACAUGUUCUUCAAAAACGACAUGCUGCUGCCGUAUGUAGACCACAUGCACGCCGAGCCGUCCAGCCUGCUGGUUCGCAUCACCGACUUCCUUGAGUGCACGCAAAAGAGCAUCGGCACCCUGCUAGGGCUCGCGCCGAGCCACCACAUUGUCAUGGAGAAUAUUCUGUACGGGCAGGAUCAGUACUCCGACGAAGGACCCCAGGCGAAGUGGGAAUCAUGGGAUUUGAAGCCAACUUCCUACUUCUACCCGGAACGAGACGUCGUGGGCGGUGCCCUCGCAUCAGAGGCUACCAAGUCCCGGCUUGCGGACAAGUUUGACGACAAAGUUUACCUCAGUCUUAACGAUGCCGAGGACUUCAAGGCGCAACUUGAGAAGGAUACCAAGCUACUCGCCAACUGCAACGCUGUUGACUACUCCCUCUUUCUUGUCCGGGUCUCCGCAGAAGUAGCGCCUGACUCGGAAGCCCAGCCAGACCUCCAGUCGGGCGAGACGAGCAGCCAGCCCGUUCCACCCGCACAACCACCGUUCGCCCCUCCGGGACUUCCGACCUGGCGCACCGGCAUCAAAUCCAGCGAUGGGAAGAGCGUGUACCGGGCGGCUAUCCUGGAUUUCUUCUGGGCGAAGCACACGGCGCACGCCAAGGCCAUGACGGGGCUGAUCGAGAGCUACAAUGUGAUUGAUGAGCAAGGGCCCAUGAGCGUCACGACGACGAGCUCGGAGUAUCGGGAGAGGUUUUUGAGGAUGUGUCGGGAAAUGGUUGAGGUGGAGAGAGGUUGGAAUGGUCAAGGACAGGUUGAGGAACAAGGCGAGGAGAAUGGCGACUCGUAGUACCAUAAACGGAGUCAGGACAUUAUGGAUCUUGGCGUUAGGUGGCUCGGCAUGUUUCAUUCUUCAGAUACCCACUUGAUACAACAUGGUCGCCGCGCUCACAACUUCGCGCGACCGUGAAGAUACACAAGCACCCAACUCUAGCAUCCAGCGACGCAGCACCGAGUAAACAGCUAUGAAAAGACGUUCCGUUAGGUUGACGCUUGUGCUCCCGGAUUGCCCGGGAAUCGUUGGACGACCCGGCCCCGGGCGCCAGUCCAGCAAUGCGAUAUUGACUUUGAUUUAGAGUUUUCUCCUCUUAGCACAUAGUUAUAUAGGAUGCUGCGUUCCACAUCGCAGAUUGAACUUCUAUGGCAGUCGCAUUUGUGGGGCAAUACUUGGGAGAGGUCCUGGUAUAUAGAUAGGAUGAUUCUUGCGUCUAUGUUAACGAAGGUACUAUACGCACAAACAUAGGGACUUGCUGAGCA